GUGUGCAGAUAAUUUGCUGUGGAAGAGCAACAAAUGAGUGACAUGAAUCCAGGGUUGUGGUGAUUAUUCGCUCUUAGAAGAAUCUUUAGUUUGCUGAGGAAUAAGAUUUUGACAAAAGUUUUCAUUAGACUUGACUCCAGUGGGACUGUGCUAUUAGUAAGCAGUAGCCGGUAUCCAGAUCAGUGGAUUGUUCCAGGUGGAGGAAUGGAACCUGAAGAAGAACCAGGUGGUGCUGCUGUCAGAGAAGUCUAUGAAGAGGCUGGAGUAAAAGGAAAACUUGGCAGAUUAUUGGGAAUAUUUGAGCAGAAUCAAGACCGGAAGCAUAGGACUUAUGUUUAUGUUCUUACAGUGACUGAAAUCCUGGAAGACUGGGAAGAUUCAGUAAAUAUAGGAAGGAAGAGGGAAUGGUUUAAAGUUGAGGAUGCAAUCAAGGUCCUUCAGUGUCACAAGCCUGUGCAUGCAGAAUAUUUGGAAAAAUUGAAACUUGGGUGUCCAUCUACCAAUGGAAAUUCUGUAGUUUCUUCCCAUCCUGAUAACAAUUCUCUGUAUGUUACUUCAGCACAAACUUCUGGGCUACCUUCUACUAUAAGAUAAAUUCUGAAUUACUUUUUCAUGUAUUUCCAUCACAAGUGGAAAUGUAUUAGUGAUCCUGUACUAUGUGUAUUGUAAUCCAGAUCUUGAGUCCAUGAAUACUUUAUGUUCAAUCUUACAUCUUUUCUUUUUUUAGCAAUGUAUUUUGGCAAAUCAAAGCCAUGCAGGGAUUUUUAAAGAUGCCUUAAAUGGUCCUCUUUAGUUUUUAAGCAUAGUACUUAAUUUGAAGAGUGAAUUUAUCACUUGACAUUUGAGUUUGACUUAAUUCUGUUUCUUAAACUUUCUAAAAAUCAAAUAGUUAUAUUGCUUUAUUCUAUUCAUUGUUAUUUCCCAACAUCAAAAUUAAAUUAGCUGGAGGAAUUAAAAGGCAAUGAAACCAACAAAGUGCCUUCAGUGUUAAACUUCCUCCUUUAAAAUGUUUUACAUAAAAGUCAUAUUCAGAGCAUAUUAAUGCUGUCUUAACUUUUAUCAGUUCUUCAUGUUGCUCUUGUUAAAAAUUUUGGCCAAAUAGGUAGAUAUCACAAAAUGCAAUUUUUUUCAUUUUUUGCUGCUUCUUGCCAAAGUUAGCACUCACUUUCUUUGCAGUUCCAGCAGGUUUAAUUAAUUACUGGAGACCAUUCCAACUUUUUCCAGUCACUUUAUAGAUUAUGUAAAUCAUAUUAUUUGGAAGAUAACUGUUUUGAUGAUUUUUUUUUUUUAAAAGGGGGCAAACAGGAGAUAUCUAGAUAUCAAAAUGUUUUCAUAUCUGCCUCUAAAACAUGCAUGUUUUUACUCUCAGUUGUACAAGUUUUAAUUUCACCAUUUUAAAAAAGCAUCUACACUAAUUUCCAUUUUUCUGUAAAGACAAAAGUUUUGGUUGAGGUAAACAACUACUUCUGUUGUAAAAACUUAUUUCUCAUUCUUUCUAUGUAACAUAAACUCACUGUAAAUAAUUCAACAGAUGUAAAGUAUAAAGUGGAAAGUAAAUGUAAUGUAAAUACUACUGUUCACCCAUUUGGGUUGCCACCUAUGACAUUCAUAGUGACAUAGCAAGCAGGAAUGUCAAUAGCUCAAUUUCUUUAAUAGCUAUAUCUUCACUAACAGAUUUUCUGUUUAUCACACAGCUGUUAAAGGGACAAUAGUCAUGUCUGAAAACAGGUGGGGACUCUAUACACUAUGUAAAAAGGCUGCUAUGAAUUAACCACUUGCUGUUACAAUUUUUUAAAAAAACUUAGUGUCAUAACUUCCUCUACAAAGAUGGAAAUAAUAAUAAUGUGCCAUAUGAAUGAAUUUAAACAAGAAACACCUGUAAAGUGUUUGAACAGUUGUGAGUUUUCAUUUAAGAACAACCUUAGUAGUAGUAAUAGGACAUUGGUAUGAACAUCUGCCAUGGGUUAGAACCUCAAAAUGUUAGCUUAGAUGAUUGUGGGGAAUCAUAGGGCAUGAUCAAAAAGCCUUAUAUAAAGUCAAAAUGAGAAUACAGACUUGAUACAACACCCUUAUGCUAAUUGGACUGGGGGAGUGGUUGGUUAUAAGUAACACACAAUUGUAAUAUACAAUCAUAAGUUGGUUCUUCAGGCCCAUGCUUCUGUUCAUUAUUCAGUAGUUUACUGACCAUAUGGUUGUAAAGGUGAGAAAAUGUCAUAGUGAUGAACAGAACAGCAAGCUCAGUCUGUAGUUCUUAACGAUUUCUUUCCUCUCAACAUUUACUUUUGGAACAUAAACUAAUCCAAGCUAAUAGAAACUGAAUAUUAGUAAUGCAUGAUUAUUUUGCUUUCUGCCAUUAUAUACUAUGUAAAAAUGUACAGUUUAUGCUAACUAAAUCAAAGGCAAGCGCUUAUAAAUACUUCAGGCUGCCGUGCCACAUUGUUAGACCGAUGUACAGAUCUCUUCAGCCUAUGCAAUUUAAAAUAAUUACACCUUCCUUAGAUUUCUGACAUCUCUCUUGCAACAUGAUACACAGGAAUAAAAAAUAUCCAUUGUUCAGUUUCCUGAAUUUACAAGUUUAUUGAUAAAAGUUAACAUACUUUAAUUCUAUAGUUUGUAGGCUGUGCAGUGCUUUGAAAUUGGUUUAGGAAAAAAAUAUGGCUGCCAGACAAGUGCUCAGUUUGCAUUCCAAAGCACCUCUUCUAAACUGAAUCCAAAGAAACCCAUAGCUGUAAUAAUUUGCAGGUAUAGGCUGGGCAAUAGGCACGUCAAAUAUAAUAGCAAAGACUCUUGCCAAGAUAAAACAUUUUAUAAUUAAUGAAAGGGGCAUGGUUUCCUAUAAAAUGUCAAAGCAUUCAAGGUAUAUUUCAAAUAGUGAAAUAUUCUUGUAGAACUAGGAUUUAGAACAAAACUUACUCUUUAGUGAUCUGCAGCUGAUCACUAAACUAAACCUACAGCUGGUUUCCCAGAGAGAAGAAUGGAAAUUGAUUUGGAUCUUCAUAUACUAGAAGUUUGUUAUAUAGAGAACAGGUACCUGGGAACAUGUCUUAUAAGCAGUGCAAGAGGUGACAGAAACAAAAAUUAAAAUCUAUGUGUACUGCAAGCUACCCAGACCUAUUAUUAAAAUGUUUGAAACAAUUGUUCAACAUGCUUCUGAAAGUACACACACACAAAAAAGGAAAACUACAUGAUUCAAGUUGUAAACAUUUUGAAUAGAGCAUGGCUUUCUUUUAAAGACUAAUGUAAGAAUUUUGACUUUUUAUAUCCAAAAGAAACCUCUAAUAAAAAAGAAACAAUUUUCAAAGA